AACAAUUGUGUCAAUAAGGAAUACCUUUUUGUGGAAAUAGUGAUGUACAGUUGCCUGGGGCCUUGCUUUGCUGACACUCAUGGUCUCCACAUAUCAAUCCCUAUGAUUAUACAUAUGGGAGUGUAAUAUUGCGUAUGACUGACUCAAUGAAUUUCGGUCCAGACUGGAUUCGUAACCUCUCUUCAGAGGGUAAUAGCGGAGGUGGUACCGGUGGUGGGUCCAGAUAUCAGCUUGCUGAUUUUCGAUACGGACGGGAGGAAAUGUUAGCACUGUUUGACCGGAAUAUAAAACCGCCGGUCUGCCUUUCAAACUUUAAAAGUCUCUUCUCAGAGUCCACACUUCUUCCAUUAGCACUAUUACCGGUAACUGAAGAUGAGCAAAGAGGAGGCGGUUGGCAAGGGCGUCCGUUGAGUCUGGGGGGCCCACCACGUGGUCGAGGUGGGUCUCUGGAACGAGGUGGCCGGAUCAAUAGAGGAAGAGGAGGGAGUUAUCAGGCGUAUGGCAGGCCUAAUAACUUCGAAGGGAGUUGGGGCAACGGGGAGUCGGGCGGGUCAGAUUGGAGUCCCCGGAAAGAGUACGCUCCUCGGCCGACAUCGAUGGACAAUUGGCGAAGGUCCAGGAAUAGUGAGGAGGAGGACGUGUGGAGGAUGUCGUCUAGCGGGAGGGGGAUGCAAGAAAAAUGGAGUCGUCAAACGAGCUGGAGGGGCGAGGGCGAGGAAGAACGGACCGGGCCACCGGAAAGAGGUGGACGUCCCGGUAACUGGCACGAGCAAGGGGGCGUUAACCAUAACAACAGGGGCCCACCGGUUAACCGCCGGUCCUGGGACAACGAGGACCAUCUGCCCGAAUGGGCGAACGAGAAUCCGCUCGAGAGUGGCGGCUCGUUCGAUGACCGGGGGGCAUUCCAUGGUUCGGACGACGAACAGUAUGACGGAAGAGGUGGUGGGGGCCAUAGAAAAGAGGGUCUCCAAAAAUCUACAUCGCAACAACACAUUCCCCAUAAAUUGCAACCGCCUUUGCUCACUUCAAAGUCUACCAUAUCGCUUGUACAGAAUAACGAAAACCAGAUUACCGACCCGCCCAACGGUUCAGAACGUGUUAGAGAGAGGCCAGCUCCUAGCCCCGAAAGGGAACGGAAACUGUCAGUACCGGAAGUAAAUGACAAGUCCAAGGAAGUCAACGUAAACAGGGACAGGGCCAAAUCCGAAGGCCCACCUAGAAACGUUGAGGAAAAGGAACAAUUAGCACCCUUGAAACCCGAAAAGAAGGUCGAAGAGAACGACUUUGAAAAAUUGCAAGAAGAUUUCGUGUCGAAACUGGUGGUGGACGAGGAGAUGCCGAAGGCGACGUCUCAGGGCGGGAACAAUUUCGAUAUGCCCGGCCUGGCGCCGCCCCCUAACUUGGGAGUCCCCGGGCAGGAUAAGUGGUUCUAUCAAGAUCCGCAGGGACAAAUGCAAGGCCCGUUCACGAGCAUGGAAAUGUCCGAGUGGUGUAAAGCGGGUUACUUCGGUCAAGAUCUGAAGGUGCGCCGUCAAUGCGACGAGCGAUUCUUCUUACUCGGGGAACUGAUGGCGAUAUGCGGCAACCCGAACCCGUUCCAGAGCAACGCCCGGUUUCCCGUGUUAAAGAACGACGUGACCAAGAUGCAACACGAGAACGACCUCCAGUUUCAGUAUUUGCCGCAACAGCUUUCGGCGUAUCGACAGGCGCAGGCGCGUGUUAUGGCUGAUCCGUGGAGCGCACUCGCCGUGCAACAGCAGGAACUCGCCUCGCAGAGGCUCAUUAUGCAACAGCAGCAAGUUCAGCAAGAUAUGUCUUAUAUGCCUCAACCUCCAAAUCCACUGAUGCAGAUGAUUAGCCAGAUGCAGCAAGCCAAUAAACUGCCAACGCCCGGAAUGAUGGAUAAUAAACAGCCGCCAAAUAUGACCGCCGCACCCGGAGGUAUGGACCCGCAUCUACAUUUACAAAUGACGAAUUUCCUCUCUAUGCAAAACCGUUUACCGGGUGGGUUACCCGGUCAGAUGCCCGCCGGUAUUCCUGUUGGGGUUACGGGCGCGUUACCGCCGGACGCGUUGUCUAGUCUUCCUGGAGCCGCGGCACUUGGUGCCGCUGGUAUACCGUUACCAACUAGUUUGAGCUCCGGCUUAGGGCUUAACCAUCCCAGGCCGUCUUCGGUUGAACGAACCGCGGCAGAUACCGAUCCUAUUGCCAGCUUAUUAAAACAGUUACAACAACAGAAACAACAUAAUCAGGUGGAAUCGUUGUGGCAGCAAAACCAGUUCGGUCCACCCAACACAGCCGGUCCGGUGCCACAACAAUGGCCCGGACAGGCCCAGGCAGACGUGCCCAUGUCCAUGUGGGACAUGCAGAAAUCGACAGAGCCUCCUGGUGCACCUCAGCAAAGAGUUAAAUCGCCAGGAGAACCGCCGAUGCCCAAAGAAGAGCCGAAACAGGCUCAGGAGGAGGAGAAAUUAAAAAAGACUGAAAAACAACAACAAAAGGAAAACAAGCAAAAAGAGGAGGAGAAGGAGCUUAAGAGGAAGAAGAAAGCUGAGGAAGAACAACAGAAAAAGGAAGCAGAUGAAAGACGUAAACAAGAACAGAGACGUCAGGAAGCGGAAAAAAAAGCGGAAGCCGAGCGUAGACGAAAAGAAGAAGACAGAAUCAAGAAAGAGUUAGAAAAAGCUAAAAAAGAAGCGGAAGAAAAAAGGUUACGCGAACUGGAGGAAAAACGAAAACAAAAAGAACAAAGAAAGCUGGAUGAAGAAGCGAAAAAGCGAACAGAGGAAGAACGUAGAAAGAUCGAAGAGGACCGAAUACAACGGGAAAAAGAGCAACGAGAAAGGGAGGAACGACAAAGGGCCGAGGAAAGGAGACUGGAACAGCAGGCUUUGACGAAAAUAGCGCCGUGGUCUCAGUCGAAUUCCACGUUCGGGAUGAGCCUCGCGGAAAUCCAGAAGGCGGAAAAAGAGAGGAAGGCCCAAGAGGUGGCGUUGCAAGCGCAAAGGGCGCAGAUGGAAAGGGAACUCCAGUUACAACAGCAACAGCAAAUGGAGAAAGCCGGUGGUUUGCAGUUGGGAUGGGCAAAAAAAACUAUGGAACCGCGAAAAGUUAAAUCUCUGGCCGAAAUUCAGGCGGAAGAACAAGAAAGAUUAGCUAAGGAAGCGGCCGAGUCUCGCUUAAAAAAAGAAAAAGAGGCCCGCGAAACUGCUCAUCUGCAACACCAUCAACAGGCGAACACGAUCUGGAGCGGUCAGAGUCUCUCGUGGGCGAGUGCUCCCGGCAAUCAGCCUCAAUUCUCUUCUUCCACGUCUAACAUAACCAGUUUCUGGGACGAGCCGCCCGUCACCCAAAAACCGGUCGUGCAACCUGUCAAUAAACCGUCCGCUGUCUCGAAAAGCAGCUCCAUGUCGACAAUUAAUAGUAGUACUAGUAUUCCUUCGAAACAGGCUCCACAGCCAGCCAAUAAGCAACCGCAAAAAGCCAAAUCAAAAAAAGAAGAGCCCGCAUCGACGACUGGCACGAAAAAGAACCACAAUAACAACGUCGAUGACGAUUUUACCAAUUGGUGUUACAAAGCUCUGGGGAAUAUGUCGACUAACGUUGAUAUACCCACCUUUAUAGUAUUUCUUCGUGACAUAGAGUCGGCCUUCGAGGUACGGGAAUAUUGUAAAGAGUAUCUCGGCGAGAGCAAUACGACAGCGCAGUUCGCCAAUAAUUUCUUGGAAAAACGGCGGUCGUUUAAGCCGAAGAACGCCCAUAAAGACGACAUGUGCUCCCCCGCACCUGCCAUUACCCCCUCGAUGCACGCCGCCAGUGCCGAUUUCCAAGAGGUUAAGGGGAAAAACAAAAAGAACAAAAAAUCCAAAAUGCUAAAGGUGGACGCGCGAAUCCUCGGCUUUAACGUGACAUCCGCCCCGGAUCGAAUCAACGUGGGCGAUCGAGAUUACGGUGAUAACUCUUAAAUAAAUAAAAAACAAUGCUUGUAGAAAAGGGAUACUUUGUAGGCCAAAAAGUUUGCAAUAUAUAAAGAAAAAAAAUGUUAGAUCGUUAUUAAAAUAUAUUUCUUUUUAAUCCGUGCAUACUAUAUAUUAUAUUUUAGAUCCUGUACUUCAAAUAUAGAGUGGAUCAAAAUAAGUCGAUUUUAUUUAAUACUGAAGUUAGUCAUAGCCGAGAUAUGGGGCGUUAAAUGUGCACUUUUUUCGCUUAUUUUACUCGUUUAAAAGCAAAAAUGUGUACUUAGAGGAGCACACUUCCCACAACGCUUGUAUCACGGCUGUGAUCAACUUUUAGUCUAAAUUAAGCCUUUAUUGGCUCCUGGAAGACGGUUUUUUUUUCAGUGCAUAAAAAAAAAUUUAAAACCUAUAAUUUGAAUAGACAGUAUGAAAUUAAUCUGUUCCGGGCAUUUCAGGUAUUUUUUACUUCUUCCAGGUGUCUAAAGGAAAAUAACUGCAACUGCCUGGAAAAGUGAAAAAUUAUUUGUCUCUUCCAGGCAUUUGACGUAAUAAUUUACCCUCGUAAAAUAGUAAGUUUGCAAAACUUUUAAAAAUGCUCCUCUUUAUGGUAAAUCCGAAAACAUGGAGUAACUCAUAAACCAACAUUUUAAAUGCAUGUACCUGGUAUUUUAUUUCUCUUUUUUUCCGCGUUUCUCAGUCUGUGAGCAAAUCUUGCCUGUACGAAAUUUCACUUUUCCGUUCUUAAGGGGAACCACCUCUGAAAAAUAUGUUUCGUGAACAUGCUUUUCUUAUAUCAAAUAACUAAUUAUUUUAAAAAUAUUUCAUUAAAAAAUAAAAAUUACCUUUCUAGUAAUAGGGAAAUCACCACUAAAUGACACUUUGGAAAUAACUGGUUUGCAUUCUGAGUUAAGUACAUAGGUCAGUGAGUGAAGAAAAAGUUUUAUAUCAUUCCACCAUCUUUCUGUUACAGUCAACGGUACUGAUCAUCAUAUCCGUUUUAUCCACAGCACCAAUUUUCUCAUUGUAAUCAACAACACAAGCAGGCUUUUAUUAAAUUAAUUAAAUAAUUGCACUGUUUUUUUAGCGAAUGUUACAGUUCACAUUUUUUUUUCAAAUUUUGGAAUUUUUUUCCUAUCAAUCCUAAUUGUCCCACGAGAAUUUGUUUUUUCAAUCCAAACGUACAGCGACAACGUAAAAUUGUAUAAAAGUUAUCGCUAUAAAAAGAAAGUCCUUUAUUAAGAUAGAGUAAAAGUACUGUCAUUUCUGAUAAACCAAUAGAUGGAAUUAGAUAAUUUUCUUUCCCAACCUAUACAAUAAAAUCCAAUACUUUGCAGUCACAUAAAACGACCAAUU